AUGGCGAAGGGAAACGAUGUGGCUGCUAUGGAGAUCGACGAGCAGAAUUCAACCGCCAAUGAUCAGAUCGCUAACCCUAAGUUCUCGGUUAAUGUCUUGCAGCUAUUGAAAUCUGCUCAAAUGCAGCAUGGAUUGCGUUUUGGUGAUUACGCCCGUUACAGGAGGUACUGCACUGCAAGACUGCGGAGAUUGUACAAGUCCUUGAAAUUCACGCAUGGCCGUGGAAAAUAUACAAAGAGGCACGUAACUGCACCCACGGUGACAGAAGUCAGGUUUCUUCAUUUGGUUCUGUAUGCUGCUGAAAGAGCAUGGAGCCAUGCCAUGGAAAAGAAGACGCUACCAGAUGGCCCAAAUCCACGCCAGAGGAGCUACCUCAUUGGCAGGCUAAGGAAGGCAGUAAAAUGGGCUACCCACUUUCAGGAGUUGUGCUCCAUCAAGGGCGAUUCGAGAACAUCUUUAGAAGCAGAGGCCUAUGCCUCUUAUAUGAAAGGGAAUUUGUUAUUUGAACAAGAUCAGCAGUGGGACAUUGCACUAAAGUGCUUCAAGAGUGCCAGAGCUGUCUAUGAAGAACUUGGGAAGUAUGGAGAUCUAGAGAAUCAAGUUUUAUGCCGGGAGAGGGUGGAGGAACUUGAGCCUAGUAUACGAUAUUGCCUGCACAAAAUCGGGGAGUCAAAUUUACAAACUUCUGAACUAGCCCAAAUAGGAGAAAUGGAAGGGCCGGCGCUGGACCUUUUCAAAGCUAAACUGGAGGCUGUCAUGGCUGAGGCUCGAUCUCAGCAGGCUGCAUCUAUGACUGAGUUUCAUUGGCUUGGUCAUAGGUUUCCUAUUUCAAAUGCAAAGACCCGGGUCUCCAUACUUAAAGCUCAGGAACUGGAGAAAGAUAUUAAUGGUCCAGGAGCAGACUCACUACCUGCAGAGAAAAAGUUGGUCAUAUUUGACAAAAUUUUUGCUGCGUAUAAUGAAGCCAGGAGCUGCAUAAGAAAUGACUUGGCUAAUACAGGUAAUUCAGAAAAUGUGAAGGACGACCUGAGUGGCCUCGAUAAAGCUAUUGGUGCAGUUUUAGGGGAGAGAACCAUUGAACGCAACCAGUUGCUAGUGCGCAUGGCAAAGAGUAAACUCAGUAAGGUUCGUGAUGACAAAAAUGAAAAAGUCACGAAACCUGAAGAGCUCGUCCGAUUAUAUGAUCUCCUGCUACAGAAUACUUCCGAUCUUUCUGAUCUGGUCAGUUCAGGAAGAGACAGAAAACCAGAGGAAGUGACUUUUGCUGAGGAAUGUGAGCUUAAGAGUUCAGUUUUCCGAGCAGAAAGGUGCUUUUACUUGGCUAAGUCCUACAGUUUGGCUGGAAAGAGGCCAGAAGCAUAUGCUUUGUAUUGCAGAGCUCGCUCUCUAGUUGAUACUGCUCUUAAGAAGCUUCAGAGUUCAACCAAUGUCGAUCAGGUUACUAUCAAGGAGUUGAAGAUGCUAUAUAAUGAUUGUCGAUCCAACAUUUGUGUUGAGCACGCAACUGCAGUUAUGGAAGAGGAGAAGGCUCCAGAAAAUCUUUCAAAGAAGAUUUCUGGUAUAUCAUUAACAGGAAACGAUAAGAAGGUUGAAAAAUUGCUCAUGGAGAAACUGGAAAAUUAUGAGUCAGCUGUUGGUGAUCCCACCACAAAGUCAGUCCCUCGGAUUGUUGCGUUCCCACCCGCCUUCCAAGCUGUGCCCCGUAAUCCAAUUGUUCUCGAUCUUGCCUACAACUCCAUUGAGUUCCCAUCACUUGAGAACAGGAUGAAGAAAGACAAGAAGGGAUUCAUCAGCAGGCUUUGGGGGUAAGUGCUUAUUUCUUGAGGUAGUUCUGGAUUACAGAAUUCUACAGGACAGAGUUUUUCGAUUUUGGCUACUUAAGUACUGUAAUCUACUGUGCUGUGAGCCAUUUGUUGGCAAACUAGGAUAAAACUAUGUACUUCGAAUCUGAAAAUUUUGGCUUCCCUCCUAGCUGUGGAACUAUAGAAACUUGUGAAGUAGGAGUUUGAUAAUUUUCUGUAACAUAUUGAAUCUCGCUGGAAAUAUAUUUGUUUUUUAAUCUUUUGCUUCA